ACCAUUAUGGACACCUCAAAUUCAAGUUCAUCAAUCAACUAAUCAUUCAUUCCUAACCUCCGAAGCAUGGCAACUCGAAGAGUAAGAUGCAUGCAGUGCGGAAGGCCCCUGCUAGUGCCAAUUGAAGUUGCCUAUAGCAUUCCUUUGAUGUGUUAUGGAUGCCAAGCUAGCAGACCCAAUUAUCAUUUUGCAAACAAUGUUACACCUCCAUUUGUUAAUUAUCACCCUGCUCCUGGCUAUGCACAUAGGAUACGACGUAACCAAUUCAAUUAUCCUCGGCCAUUGCCACUGACGCCGCCACCAACUCCAUUGAACCCUCCUUCUUCCUAUGGCAACAAGAGGGCUGUCUUAGUUGGCAUUAGUUAUUGCAAUCAGAUUAACAACCUUAAAGGUUCUGUCAAUGACGCUCAGAGCAUGAAAUACUUUCUCAUUAACAAGAUGGGUUUCCCUAGUGACUCCAUUCGCGUCCUCACAGAUGAUCCAGAGGAGAAAAACCCAAUGAGAAUUCCAACAAAAUAUAACAUGCGAAUGGCAAUGAGGUGGUUGGUCGAGGGUUGUCGAUCAGGGGACUCGUUGGUGUUUCACUUCUCUGGACAUGGUUCACAGGAAGAAGACACCAACAUGGAUGAGGUUGAUGGAUAUGAUGAAGCAAUAUGCCCCGUUGAUUAUGAGCAUGAGGGGAAGAUACUUGACGAUGAAAUCAACGCCACAAUUGUUAGGCCUCUCCCUCGUGGUGCCAAACUUCAUGCCCUUGUUGAUACUUGCUUUAGUGGGACAAUUCUUGAUUUACCAUUUAUGUGCAGGAUGAACCGAAAAGGUUAUUAUGGAUGGGAAGAUCAGAGAAACCCAAGAGCUGGUUACAAAGGCACAAGAGGAGGGUUAGCAGUUUGCAUUUCAGCUUGUGAUGACGAUGGAAAUGCAGCAGACACAUCGGCCUUGAGCGGUGAGGAAAGCUCUGGUGCCUUGACUUUCAGUUUCAUCCAAGCCAUGCAAAAUGAAUCUAAUUUGACUUAUGGCCACUUGCUUAAUUCCAUGCGCUCCACAAUUCGUGGGGCUAAAGAAAAAGCCUUUGGCCAAAACGAUCAAGACUUUACCAUGAACACUCGCCAGCAGUAUACUCAUGAGCCACAACUGUCUUCUUCUGAGAAGUUUGAUAUUUAUUCAAAGUCGAUUGAAAUGUGAUACAUAACUGAUAUUACACUGAAAAAAGAAAAAAGAAACCAAGAGGAAAGGUGAGGUUAUGUUAUGGUGUUUAGUUACGCAUUAUUUGAUAUGGUUUCUUGUGAUACAUGUAAAGCUAUCAGGUAUAGUUUCCAAACACACACAGUUAGUGUUGUUGGCAGAAAAUGAAUAAUGUCAAGUUAGACCGAGACAAAUAAAGGGAUACAGAAGAAGAUUGGCUCCAAACAGGGGAAGUACUGCUUCACUCAUAAAAAUAAGAAGAAAAGUGCUGAAAAACAAUUUGCAAUUAGAAAAAAUAAUCGCCUCUCUCUCACUCUGCGCCUUAUAAUGAAAAUGUUUGAUGUGGUUACUUGUUAUUUUGUUUUAUUUACUAAAUUAAUGAAUAUGUAUAGGUUUAAUUAGUCUA